AGGGGGACGUGGGCGUGGUCACCAUCGGAUUAGUGGACAAUAGCUCUGCCAACAACUGUCUCGAAGGGGCAGCUCAGGGUGCUGUCACUGUUUUCGACCCCUCUGAAGGGACCCGCCUGCGCCGCCGUCGUCCUGCAAGCUACAGACCCUGUGACUUGUGUGGGGUCAUUCCCUUUGGAGACAUAGAUCGCCAUGUUGCGGAGUACCAUCCUGAAGCUCUGGUCCGUGCAUGUGCUCUCUGUGACAUGCGUUUCCGCACUUUUCGCCAGCUAGGUGGACAUGUACUGCGUGUUCAUGGGCCAAGUUUCUUGUCAGCUUGCUCUGAGUGCUUCACUGAUGCAGGAGCUUUUACUGCUCAUCUGAAUGGUGCACAUGCUGAAAUUCCUACAGCCUUUAUGUGUGUGGUGUGUAGGCACUCUUUUCUGAAUGUGGGAGACUAUUGCUCUCACAUGCUGACUCACCAGGCAGAAGCGUCGGUGCAGGCUACCAACAGGCAAGAAGAAGAAGGUGGUGCAGCAUCUUUAGCUGAUGCUCUCAGUGGAUCAUCUGUGCAGGAUGAUAGAAAUGAGUGCAGUCACUGCCAAAAGAAGUUCAAGUCAAUAACGGCCAUGAAACGCCACAUGCAGCGCAGUCAUGGUGAAAAACCAAUGUUCAAAUGUAAGAUCUGUUAUCUGAAGUUUCAGUCUAAUGGUGCACUUCUUGAUCACACAGAAACCCACACUACAGGAGCAAUACAGUGCCCAUUAUGCCCUCAACAGUUUGCAAAGUUCCACCACUUAAGGAGCCAUUGCGAUAAUACACACCAUGAUACUGUCUCUUUUCAUUGUCAGCAUUGCUCUCAUAUUGCAAAGUCCAUCAAUGCACUCUUUACACAUGUCCUUGUUCGACAUCCUGAUCAAUUAGGAUUGGCUCGAAAUAUUCGCUGCACAAAAUGUGGGGAAAAAUUCCACUCUGGGCGAGAGCUGGCACAGCACAAGUCCAGUCGUCAUGCAGAGCUCGUGAAGUGCACGUAUUGUGGGAAACAGAUGAGUAAGUAUCUCCUUGCUGCACAUGUUAAUGAAAAGCACACUAAACAACACAAGAGUGAAUGUUCCUAUUGUGGCGAGUUAUUCUUCAAUCCAGGCAAGCUCUCUGAGCAUGUGAAGCGCCACCAUUUACGGGAGCACUAUUCACGUUUUGUGUGUCAGACUUGUGGGAAGGCAUACAUUACAAAAAAUGAGCUUCAGCGUCAUACUGCUACACAUACCAAUGAGAGACGUUACAAGUGUGAAUUUUGUGGGAGGGCCUAUUUCAAGGCUGGAGAUCUGACUUACCAUAGGCGCACUCAUACAGGUGAACGACCUCAUGCUUGUAAUUCAUGUGGAGCAGCCUUCAGCCGUCCUUCUGAGCUAACCACACACUUAGCUCGCACCCAUGGGCUGCACCACAGAACGAGGCGUUACUUUAGAUCGGCUCUGCCAGAUUCUUUGAAUGCAGCCACUGAGGCAAUCCUGGGAGAAUCUGGAAAUCAAAAUCUUGAUGUUCAGGUAGUCACAGGUGGCGGGGAGGAUGGUGCACAGCUUAUCACAGAGGUUGGGGAGGAUGGCCAUGUUGUGCAUGUGGUACAAAGUGAAGCCUCCUUGCAAAUGGUGCAGGCCCUCUCACAGGAGUUGGACAAGGAACAGCAACAUGAUGUUACAAAUGACCAAGGAGACAUGCAGGUCAUUUAUGUGGAACUGGUUGAAUGAAGUCCCACAGUCUUUCAGUUUUUUAAAACUUAUUAUUAUUUUUUUUUUUGUGGUUAUGAAUGCAUUUAUGAAUAUAACUUAAAACAGCAGAUGUCAUGUCUAGUGUCUCAUGUUAAAGGAUAUGUCUACACAAAGACAAAAAAUAAGUUCCAACUUAUUAAACAUGUAAUAUACUAACCCAAGUACAAAGUAACAUUUGCAUAUAAUAUAUUGUCUUGUAUAUAAUGGAAUGUGUUCAUUUGGAAAUAUAGCAAAAAUUUC